AUGGCUGACGAAACAAAAUCAAAAACGGGGAAGAACGCCUAUGUAACGCUUCUGACGCGACCUUCUUAUCUUGCCGGAGCUAUCCUCCUUGCAUACACAUUACACAAGCACUCACCAGAAACACCACUGAUCAUUACCUACACGCCCGACACCGUCGGCGAGGCUUCCAUCGCCGCCUUCAAAGCUGAAGCCAAACACUCCAACGUCAUCGUCCGUCCUGUCGAACACCUCCGCCUCCCAGAGGAUGGUACCAAGCAUGGAAUGGUGGCCGAGCGAUUCAUCGACACCUGGACAAAAUUGCGCGUGUUUGACAUAUACGAUAUGGGCUUCGAGCGCUUGUGCUGGCUCGAUGCAGACAUGAUGAUCUUCUCCGACCCUUCACCACUUAUUUUCAACAAGGAAAACGAUGCAUACCUGGAGGGAGGAGAUGGCAUGCGCAUAAUGGCCACACACGUGUGCGUCUGCAACCUCGACCACGACUCGUGGGCACCGAAGUCCUGGACGCUCGAGAACUGCGCAUUUACACAUCUAAAGUCCAGUUCCGAGGUGCCAGAAGUUACCAACGAGCCAGAGACAUUUGGACAGUUCAACUCUGGAACCUUUGUAUACCGCCCUUCAAAAGCUUUGUCCGAUUUCGUACUCGCCAAGUUUGAAGAGCUAGGCAACGCGCGUCUGCGGGCCAUGAAGUUCCCCGACCAGGACUUCCUCAAUGAGGCAUUCAAGAGUCGCUGGAAGAGUCUGAGUUGGAAAACCAACGCGCUGAAGACGUGGCGGUACUGGCAUACCAACAUGUGGGUCGACAACGAAGUCGGGGUGUUACACUACAUUGUGGAUAAGCCUUGGGCUGCGCGUGUGAAGCCAGAUGGGACGGCAGGAUAUUUGGGCAAGGACGGCGAAACGCACAAGUGGUGGUGGAAUGAAUACGAGAACUGGCAGAACGAAAGGGUUAAGCAUAACGAGGCGGGACUACUGGCCACGGUGAGCAAGUACGCGGCUGCUGAGAAUGGGGAAGAGAGUGAGGAGAUGAAAGCCAUCGGUGGCGGGGCGCAGGAUUAUGCGAAGAAGUUCAAAGACGGGGAGGAGGUUGAUGGACAGAAUGGCGAUGCCGGGUUUCCCCAGCUCAAGAAGCCGGUUGAGAGGGGUCAUGGGCCUGUCAUAAGAGGGAGAGGGAGAGGAAGAGGCGAGGGGUGGAGUAUCAUGGAGGCUUGA